AUGGAGAAGACCUACUCACUCACCGCUCACUACGACGAGUUCCAGGAGGUAAAUAUACGGCUGGCCGCUACAGCAGCGACAUCCUCAGCAAUGGCAUGACCCUUCACACUGGGGGGCAGCCUGGACCGCCACAUCGGUAUCAACAGUGGCGGCGGACUCCCCCGCUGGAGCAGGCGGGAGAUCUGCCUCCUGUCCGGGUUGGUGUUUGCGGCGGGGAUGUGCGUCAUCCUGGGCAGCAUGCUGGCACUCAAGUACAUCUCCCUGGAGGCCCAGCAGGACCCGCUGUGCCGACAGGACUGCCAGCGCAAACGCUCCCUCCUGCGAGCGGCGCGCUUCGUCCAGGCCAACAUCGACCCAACGAUCCAGCCCUGUAAGGACUUCUACUCGUUCGCCUGCUGCGGCGGCUGGCUGCGACGCCACGGCAUCCCCGAGGACAAGCUCAGCUACGGCAUCAUCACCGCCAUAGGAGAGCACAACGAGGAGAAGCUACAGCGCCUCCUUCUGGAGCCCAUCCGGAGGCGAGGGGCCAACUCGGCUGAACGCAAGGUCAAGGAGUUCUAUCGCUCCUGCGUCAACAUCCAGAACAUCGACAAGCUGGGCUCUGCCCCCAUGGUUGAGGUGAUUGACAGCUGCGGAGGCUGGGACCCCGUUGGACUCACCUCCCGGCACCGCGGGCACUUCAACGAGCUCCUCUACAGGACCCAGGGGGUGUACAGCACAGCAGUCUUCUUCUCGCUCACAGUCAACGUAGAUGACAAGAAUUCAUCCAGGAACGCUAUCAGGAUUGACCAAGAGGGGCUCACAUUACCUGAAAGAACUCUGUACCUGGGGCAGGAUGAGGACAGUGUAAAGAUAUUGGCAGCCUACAAGGCCCUGAUGGAACGCUUGCUGAGCAUGCUGGGAGCUCACAACGCCACGCAGAAGUCCAAAGAGAUUCUACAACUAGAGACGCGUCUGGCAAAUAUUACUAUGUCAGAGUAUGAUGAUCAGAGGAAAGACAUCAGCUCCAUGUACAACCACAUCACUCUCAAACAGCUACAGCGCAUUGCUCCCAGGCUGCACUGGAAGCGCCUGCUGGACAGAAUCUUCCACGACAACUUCUCUGAAGACGAGGAGAUCGUAGUGCUAGCCACCGAUUACGUGCAGAAAGUAUCCGACAUCAUCAACACCACCUCAGACAGGGUCCUACAUAACUACAUGCUGUGGCGUAUCGUGGCAGCGUUGAGCGAGCAUCUGUCCACCGCCUUUCGCAGCACCAUCCAUGAGUUCUCGCGGGAGAUCGAUGGCACGGAGCGGCAGCUGGACCUGGGCAGGCUGUGUCUCACCCAGGCCAACAAACACUUUGGCAUGGCUCUGGGAGCCCUGUUUGUUCAGCAGCAUUUCUCCUCCCAAAGCAAGGCCAAGGUGCAAGAGCUGGUGGAGGACAUAAAGCACUCCCUGGACUUCCGACUGCAGGAGUUGGACUGGAUGGAUGGGCCAACCAAGGAAGCCGCCAGAGCUAAGCUCCAACAUAUGAUGGUGAUGACAGGUUAUCCAGACUUCCUGCUCAAACCUGAACUCAUAGAUCAGGAGUACGGGUUCGACGUGGAUGAGAAGACCUACUUCAAAAACAUCCUCAACAGCAUCAAGUUUAACAUCAAGCUGUCUGUGAAGAAGAUCCACAAGGAGGUGGACAAGACAGCGUGGCUUCUUCCCCCUCAGGCCCUUAAUGCAUACUACCUCCCCAACAAGAACCAAAUGGUCUUCCCUGCCGGAAUUCUUCAGCCCACUCUCUAUGACCCCGAAUUCCCACAGUCUCUCAACUAUGGGGGAAUAGGGGCUAUCAUAGGCCAUGAGCUGACUCACGGAUAUGAUGACUGGGGGGGGCAGUACGAUCGCUACGGCAACCUCAAGCAGUGGUGGACAGAAGACUCUUACAGGAAGUUCCAGAAGAAGGCAGAGUGUAUUGUCAAGCUCUACGAUAACUUCACAGUUUAUAAUCAGAGGGUGAAUGGUCGUCUAACACUGGGUGAGAAUAUAGCGGACAUGGGAGGCCUCAAGCUGACAUACUACGCAUAUCAGAAGUGGGUGAGGGAACAUGGACCCGAGAGGCCCCUGCCUGGGCUUAAAUACACACACGAACAGCUUCUCUUCAUUGCCUUUGCACAGAACUGGUGCAUGAAGAGAAGAUCUCAGUCCAUCUACCUGCAGCUGUUAACUGACAAACACGCGCCGGAGCACUACAGGGUGAUAGGCAGUGUGUCUCAGUUUGAUGAGUUUGCCCGUGUGUUCCACUGCCCGAAGGGUUCCCCCAUGCACCCCAUGGAAAAGUGCUCUGUAUGGUGA